GCCUACCUACUUAUCCUAGAUAUACCUCGAACCAUCCCAGCGAUCAACGCUACUCUAUAUCAAACCAUGGCGCACUCGUGGGAUCAGACACUCUCGAAUGCCGACUGUCUGUUUCCGACUGUGAGAGCCACAAAAGGGCAACGGGCGGAAUGGGCGAGUGAACAGAUAUCACCUGCUCUCGUAAGGGAAAGUGUUCAGUUUUGCCAGAAGGCAAAUGUUCAGCUGUCCCUUCUCCUGGCCACUGCAUGGGCGGUGAUCCUCCGGCGGUAUGCGGAGGUUGACCAAGUCCAGAUUGGCCAGCAAAGGCUAACCCAUACUGAAGAGGCUUCAGCCAAGAUGGGUUGCAAAUUACAAAUGAUGCUCAUGUCAACAUCCAUGGCAAAUGUCGUGAGUGUGCGGGAGCUUUUUGACCCGGGACGUUGGGCCAUGUCCGCUCCCAAUCCCGAGACGCUCCAUGCUUUCAACAGCGGCAUGAUCAUCUGUGAGGGGGAUAUAAAGCAGAUCGACACCUCUAAAGAAUUGGAAUCUGGGGAAGAGCCUCAAGUUUAUGUUGCAUACAAAAUGCCGAUGGUUGCACCAGAGCAGGCCGAACAUGUUUCCACCACUUUCACACAGGUCGUUUCUGUGAUCCUGCAGGACAGUGAAAUUGCCCCAGGCCAUAUUUCGCUAGUCAGCCAAGCACAGAUGGCACGGAUUACUGAGUGGAAUGGCCGAAAGUUCACGCAACCAACGGUGCCUUUCCUUCAUCAAAUUAUCCGCAAACACUCCUUUUUCAAACCAAACCAGCCGGCUAUAGAAGCGUGGGACGGGAGCUUAACUUACAAUGAACUCGAUGAAGCCGCCGGCCGCCUCGCCGCACAGUUGGUAGGGCGGGGAAUUUGCCCUGGCCAUCUGGUGCCCGUGUGCUUUGAAAAGUCCCUGUGGGCUGUGGUAGCAAUGCUUGCCAUCAACAAAACCGGGGCUGCCUUUGUUCCUUUGGAUCCUUCCCAACCCAGAAAUCGCCUUCAAAACAUCGCUCGACAGCUGACGUCUCCCCUAGGGCUCGCUUCUGCGGACCAUCGCGAUACAUUGGGAGAAGCUAUACCCUCUGUACUUGAGGUGUCAGAUGAGACACAGGUAUCGCAACCCGCUCCCCCACAUCAUGAACCCGACAUAUUGAUUACGGCUGAGGCUCACGGGGCCGCUUAUUGUCUAUUUACCUCGGGAAGUACCGGUGAACCAAAAGGUUGUGUGGUGGAUCAUACGGCUCUGGCCAGUAUUACGAGCCACAGCGCUGGUUUGCAUCUGUCACCAAGCAGCCGUGUGCUCCAAUUCGCAUCUUUUAGCUUUGGAGUAUCUCUAAUCGAAGUCUGGUGUACUUUGGCGAGUGGCGGGACCGUGUGCAUUCCCUCUGCUUCAGAUCGUAUCAACCAUUUAGCAAAGAUUAUCAGGACCAUGCGGAUCAACUGGACGAUAUUGACUCCCACUACACUUGGUACUCUGCAUCCUAAAGAGGUACCAAGUCUCAAGACCAUUAUAGUGGCCGGAGAGCCACUCAAGCAGAGCCAAAUCCUGCAAUGGAUGGAAGCCGUGAACUUGUAUCAAGGAUACGGUUUCACUGAAUGGGCCGGAAUCUGUUGUGUUUCUCCAAGAAUAGAAUCCACUGUGGAUACCGGCCUCAUUGGAAAGCCCGUCAACGCCAAUUCUUGGCUAGUUGACCCCGAAGAUUCUGACAGCCUUGCUGCCAUCGGGGCGGCGGCAGAGCUGGUGGUAGAAGGUCCGAGCCUGGCAUUGGGCUACCUCAACGAUGACGCCAAAACAAAUACCCGAUUUAUAGAGAAUCCCCCAUGGCUGCCAGUCUCGAAAGAAUCAAAAGAUCGGCGCUUCUACAGGACAGGAGAUUUGGUACGUUAUGACUCGGGCGGGACCUUGAGGUUCCUCGGGAGAAAGGACAGACAAGUCAAGAUCCGUGGACAACGUGUGGAACUGGGCGAGAUUGAAUCGCAGAUUGAUCAUGCCUAUCCGGAAUACCGCAAUUCGAUAGUGGAGGGAGUGGUCCCUGUGAAUGGUGACGGGAACAGGGUUCUCGUUGCGUUCAUCCCGUCGGCAAAUCUUAAGACAUUCGCCCCCGGCUCUAAUACGGGGGAUGAGUCCUUGUUGAGCCCACUUGAUAAAAAGAUGCAUGCGGACGUGGUGAUCAAUCGGCUGGAAGCAGAGCUGCCGGACUACAUGGUGCCGCAGAUCUUCGUCUCACUUGAUAAGAUGCCUUUGACUAUCACCGGGAAAAUAGAUCGCAACAAACUCCGCGCGGUCGUCGAGCAGUUACGGCCGACAGAAUGGGACAGACUCCUCGGUCUGACCACGGAUGACCGUCAAUUACCCUCAACCAGGUCAGAGCGUCUAAUUCACAAGCUUGUGACACAGGUUCUCGGCCUAUCGGCCGAGAUUGUGGGGAUGCAACAUGGCUUCUGCGCUCUUGGGGGCGACUCAGUUCUCGCAAUGAAGCUAGUCGGGCUUGCGAGGCAUCAAAACCUUCAGCUAUCGGUUCAGCACAUUCUCAGAUCCUCUUCGUUGGUCGAGAUGGCCACUCAAAUGGAGGACUUGAACGAGUGUCUCCAAGCCGAAAUAACGCCACCGCCCUUUUCUCUUCUUAACGCUGGUAUGCUAGACACCCUCACCACCCUGGCGGCCGAAAGAUGUCGAGUAAAGCCGGAAAGGAUUGAGGACAUAUACCCAUGCACACCUCUUCAGGAGGGCAUGAUGGCACUAGCCGCGCGGAGACCCGGUGCUUAUGUUGCGCGAUUUGUCUACCGGGCCUCCCCUUCUACCGACCCUGACCGAUUACGCUCGGCAUGGGAGAUGGCAGUGGCUGCGAAUCCCAUUCUGCGCACGCGCAUCAUACGUCGUGCUUCGGCCGGAACCAUCGCGACUACUUCCAACGGACACACUCUUGAAAAACGUGUCGAUGGUUCCCUGCACCUUAUACUGAACAUGCACCACGCCGUGUGUGAUCGGUGGUCCUCUCUGCUCAUCCACAGGCAGGUGGAAGAUGCAUACAAAGGUAAAGAACUAGCGCUCACUCCAUUCAGCCCUUUCGUUAGGUAUCUUUGUACGUGCACCAAUGACAGAGCCAAAGAAUACUGGACAUCAGAACUUGCCGGCCUGGAGGGUGACCAAUUUCCUUCGCUACCGUCAGAGAGCUAUGUUCCCAACCCCGCCCAAACCAUGGAGCAGUUGAUUCAAUAUCGAGACGCAAUUCCCAGAGGCUACACGUUGUCAAGCAUCCUCCGAUUGACCUGGGCCUUAGUCCUCGCCCGUUACACCAGUUCAAAAGAUUUAGUCUUUGGUGUCACAGUGACCGGCCGAGCUGCGCCGCUCAGCGGCGUCGAAGAGAUGACUGGCCCAGCAAUUGCCACUGUUCCUGUCAGGGUGCAGCUCUAUGAGAAAGACACCAAUCUGGACGUACUGCAGCGGAUUCAAAAUCAAACCAUCGGAAUGAUCCCAUUUGAGCAAACUGGGCUACAAUACAUCCGGCACUAUAGCCGCGACUGCAUGCAUGCGUGUUCCUUCCGAAGCCAUUUUACCGUUCAACCGGCAUGGCCGGAGAACAUGCAGGACGAUGGCGAAACAAUCCUCACUAUGUGCUCCGCGGGCCCAGCAAUCCCGCAUGGAUUCUCUUCGUACGCGCUGAAUGUCAUGUGUCAGCUUGCGGAAACGCAAGAAAUCAGAGUGUCUGUGGAUUUCGAUACUGAGGUGGUCUCCGCUUUUCAGAUGAAGCACAUUCUCGCUCACUUCGAGCAUUUGCUGCAGUAUAUUCUUGCAUGCCCCGAUCAGCUAGUCGAUGCAAUUUCACGACUGAGCCCUCUAGAUAUGGUGCAGUUGCGCCAAUGGAAUGGCUCUGUACCGCCUUCUGAAGCCGCGUGUGUUCACGAUCUGAUUCAGAGACAUGUGGUCAACGCGCCCGAUUCACCAGCGAUUCAUGCGUGGGAUGGCAGUCUCACAUAUGCACAACUAAACGCUCUUUCCAACCGACUAGCUACAGAAUUGAUCGCAGACGGCGUUGGCCCCAAUGUUUUCGUUCCCCUCUGCUUCGAGAAGACCUUCUGGACGACCGUGGCCAUGCUAGGAGUAAUGAAAGCGGGGGGUGCUUUCAUCUUACUGGAUCCAUCGCAACCAGUGCAGCGUUUAAAAACGCUCUGUCAGCGCGCUGGUUGCACCCUCGCUCUGGCCUCCGCGGAGAAGCAAAGCAUCGCUGCUGAAUUGGUACCCAAUAUCAGGGUUCUGGACCAGAAACAUAAUGGCAGUGUAGCACGUACCAGUGUUGGAAAGUUCGCCGACGGUAGGGCUCAGCCCAACUGUGCCCUGUAUGUCGUUUUCACUUCGGGCACAACAGGCGUUCCGAAAGGGGUCGUGGUGGAGCAUAGGUCCUACUGCACCGCUGCACUGGCCCAUAACGUGUGUUUCCAGAUCAACAAUCGAUCGCGAGUCCUGCAGGUGGCUUCAUACGCUUUUGACGCAAGCGUGCUGGAGACUUUGAGUACAUUGAUCGCCGGAGGAUGCGUGUGCAUUCUCUCAGAAGAACAACGACAGAAUGCGCUGGCCGAAACGGCGGCGGGGAUUCACCCAACCCACACUUAUCUGACCCCAUCUCUGGCCAGAUUAAUUAUUGCGCAGACGCAAAGCGAGAAGACGACAUUCACCGGGACUUUGAUCAGUGUCGGAGAGCCCAUGACCAAAUCAGACGUCCGUCAAUGGGCAGCAAAGCCAUGGAAGCUGAUGAACGGGUAUGGGCCUGCUGAAUGCUCAGCCAUCACAACCGUACAAGACACAGUUAACUGUGAGUCUGACCCUCACAAUAUUGGAAUUCCUCGGGGCGGACGGUGCUGGCUGGUGGACCCAAAUGAUCACCAACGGCUCGUCCCGGUUGGAGCAGUCGGAGAGGUACUGAUCGAAGGACCGAUUGUUGGCCGUGGUUAUCUGAACGAUCCCGAGCGCACCUCUGCAGCAUUCAUUCAAUCUCCCUCGUGGCUGGCGAACUUCGACCGUGUUGAGGAGUCUUCGUCGCGACUCUACAAGACGGGCGACCUGGCUCAAUAUGCGUCAGACGGGUCCCUGCUUUUUCUGGGGCGUAAAGAUACCCAAGUGAAGCUGCGCGGCCAGCGCCUAGAACUAGGCGAAGUUGAGAGCCAACUGCGCCAAUGCUUUCCAGGGUUGAUUGAUGCGGUAGUGGAGAUGUUCAAGUCUUCUAGCCGCUCAUACCUUGUUGCUUUUCUUUUGACUUCCCCGAGUCCCCAGGACGCGGCGGAUGGUGAGCUCCUGGCCGAGCCUACUCCGGAGUUUCAAGCAAUGGUAGCUGCGACACGGAACAGAUUGCAGCAAGUCCUCCCAGACUUCAUGGUCCCAGACGUGUAUGUCCCCAUGCGAGAACUGCCUCUAAACGCCGCAGGCAAGACGGACCGCAGGCGACUUCGAGACCUGGCGUCUCAACACUCGUGGGAUCAGCUGGUGACGUCCUGCAGACAUGUUCGCGAGAAACGAAAACCUCAGACACAGAUGGAGUGUGACCUGCAGAGAAUCUGGGCGCAUGUUCUGAAUCGUUCGCUCGAUAGCGUCGGGGCCGAUGACAGUUUCUACGAGCUGGGCGGAGACUCGAUUACAGCCAUGCACGUCGUCUCUCAAGCCCGAAACGAAGGCAUUAUAAUGUCAGUUGAACAGAUCGUUCGGUACAAUAAUCUUUCAGAGAUUGCUCAGCAUUGCCGUUCGAUGGAGCGACUGGAGGGUGACGGCGACGACGACGACGACGACGACGACGACAGGCUUUUCGCCCUCUCCCCAAUGCAGCAAAUGUUCUUCGAAACCCAACGGAACGAUUGGGACCACUACUGCCGACGGUUCCUGGUGCGGGUAACUGAGCCGAUCAAGUUCGCUUCGCUGGAAGCUGCCGUGCUAGCCCUAGUACGCAAGCAUCCUAUGCUCCGCGUUCGGUUUGCCCGUCAACUGAACGGGGUCUGGCAACAGUCGAUCACCAGCACCAUCGAAUCCUCGUUCCGAUGUGAUACACAUACCCUGACAGCGAGGGCUUCAUUACAGGAAGUAGUGUGGCGGAGCGCUCGUCGCAUCAACAUCCAGCAUGGGCCCCUACUGUGUGUGGACCUGAUCAACGUAACGGAGGACGGCAGUCAGCGUCUGUGCUUGGUGGCGCACCAUUUGGUUGUUGACUCCGUAUCCUGUCGUAUCCUCCUGGGAGACCUUGAGUCUGCUCUCCGGCUCGGCUUGAUACCAGGUAGCAGCCACACUCUUCCAUUGCGGGAGUGGAACCUAAGGCAGAUGCGUCUCCUCAGUGACCGUCUUUCUGAGCAUGUUCCGCCCAGCGUCACACCCCCAUUAGAAAUGGCAAGUAGCUACAACCAUGACGCCGCCGAAUCCUGGGGGAUCUCAGAACAACUGAAUAUAUUCAAGCACACGGUUUGCCAGACAUUCAAGCUUGAUCCCCACAGCACAAAGCGCCUGCUUGGGCCUGCGAACGUCGCGUUUAAUACCCAACCGCCCGAUCUCCUGCUUGCCGCGUUGCUGUACUCUUGGGGCUCGGCCUUCCCGGGUCGCCCCCUGCCGCAGGUGUUCAACGAAAUUGAUGCGAGGGUCUCAGGGGAUCCUCAGGUCGAUAUGUCCCAAACGGUCGGCUGCUUCUCGUCCCUUGCUCCGCUGGUACUGGGUACGGAUGAAGUGGCUGAGAAGGCGGAAGCCCUUUUGGACAUCGUUCGUCGGGUCAAGGAUGCUCGUGCAGCGCUGACGGUCAACGGGCGGGCUUACUUUGCGUCUCACCUUCUUCAUCCGCUAGGUCAAACGGACCUCAGAUGCUCCCACCCGGUGGAGAUCACGUUUCAAUACGUAGGAGCUUUUGAGCAGCUUGAGCGCUCCGAUGCUAUGUUCCAGUCAGAUGAUCUUUACAAUUUAGGGGCACUUGUUGCGGGCGACAGCAUCACGAGAAUAGCACUAUUUGAUAUAGCCGUCUCAGUAGUGCGCGGUUACAUACACGUGCGGAUCACUUACAACAGGUACAUGAAGUCCCAGGAAGACAUCCAGGCCUGGAUCAAGAGGUAUCAGCGAGCGUUAUCCCAGAUAAGUGAGGUAUUGAUUGGCCUCGAGAGGAAAUACACGCUCUCGGAUUUUCCCCUGCUCCGGUUGACAUAUGACCAAUUGGACAAAAUGAUUCACCAGGUUCUGCCGCAGCGGACGAUCUCAGUGAACGCCAUUGACGAUAUAUAUCCCUGUUCACCCAGCCAGCGCGGUAUUCUGGUCGCCCGUACGAAAGGGCACAGCAACUACGAGGUCGAUGUGACCUGGCGAAUUGAAACUCGAGAUGCUGCUUCAAUAGAGCUGGAUCGCUUCAAGAGCGCGUGGCAAAGGGUAGUUGCACGCCAUCCAAUCCUCCGCACAAUCUUUAUCCCCAGCUUAUCGCAAGAAUCAUACAUGGACCAGCUGGUGCUCAAGGACCCGUCGCCAGUGAUAAUCUACCGGAAGCAGGCCGGGACUAGUUCGAUCAAAUCGCUAAUAGACGAACACGAGGAAUUGAUGAGCAGGAAUCUGGAACUCUGCCAUAAACUGGCCUUGGGAAAUGGAAAGAAGGACAAUGAGAUGGUGUGUUGUUUGAGGAUCAACCACGCAAUUAUGGAUAGUGUCACAAUAGGAAUUAUUCAACAAGAUCUGGGGCUCGCAUACGACGACAACCUACCCAGAGGGCAGGCGCCGCGGUACCGGGACUACGUUGCCUACCUGCAGCAGCAGGAUACAGGCCCUGCGAUGGAGUACUGGGGAUCAUACCUGGCCGAUGCAGAGCCUUGCCACUUUCCACGGAUCAACAGCAUCACGAAGCAGGCCAGUGACGAGCGAGGCUCCAGUGUCCUGGUCUUCAACCGCGUUUUUGCUCUCCGGGAAUUCUGUCGGACGAACAAUAUAACUCUUUGGCAUGUCCUCUGUUUGGCAUGGGCCUUGGUAAUGCGAGCCUAUACCAAUUCGGAUCAGGUCUGCUUCGGCUACGCCAAAUCCGCAAGAGACUUCCCAUCGCGGGCAUUGAGAAUCUUACGCACUGCAGAGACUACAACGAGAUUAUCUCGAGGCGCUUCCGCAUCAGUGCUUUCCGCUGUCAAGUAUCCAUCGACUUGUGGGGAACACCGCCCUGUUCAAUACGUCUGUCGCUAUCAAUUCCCGGCAGGCCACACUGCCAGUCCAGGACAGCCAGACUUUACUGUUUUCCAAGGCCUCGAUACAAGAACAGGUUUGAUGGCGAAGGAUCAGGCGGCGAGUGUGAUCGGUGCCGUUGAGAAGGCAAUCUCUGGAAUCAUCACAAACCCGGAUGCUCGCCUAGGGGCCAUUGACAUUUUGAGCGAUCACGACUGGGAGGCUAUGUGGAAAAUAAAUUGCGAUAUACCUACGGGAAUCGAGAGCUGUGUCCAUGAGGUUAUCCAUCAGCGAUGCCGAGAGCACCCCGACAAGGUGGCCGUUCAUGCCUGGGAUCGUUGUUUCACGUACCGACAGCUGGACACACUUUCUUCUCGCCUGGUCCCAGCUUUACAAAGAAGAGGGGUGGGCCCAGAGGUGAUUGUGCCGCUCUACUUUGAAAGAUCUAGUUGGACGCCGGUUGCCAUUUUGGCGGUGAUGAAGGCCGGGGGUGCUUUCAUUCUUCUGGACCCAUCGCAUCCCCACCAGUACUUGAAAAAGAUCUGUGAUGAGGUCCGCUGCCGUCUUAUCUUGUGCUCUCCCAUGUACGUCGAUGCCUGUUGCCAGCUAUCUCCGAGCAUUUUCGUGGUAUCUGGCGACACUAUCCCCAAGGAUGAUGACAGGAUGGCCAUUUCCGCCAGUCGCGUUGGGCCACAUAAUGCAGUAUACGUCGUAUUUACAUCAGGGUCGACUGGUGAGCCAAAGGGGAUCGUCAUUGAACAUCGGCAGUAUGUCUCCGGAGCCAAAUAUCACCUCCCCGGGUACAAUAUUGAACCCUGGACGCGAAUCUUACAAUUCUCCUCUUAUGCCUUCGAUCCUAGUGUACAGGAGCAUAUCAGUACUCUCAUGGUCGGCGCUUGUGUCUGCAUUCCGUCAGAAACACAGCGCUUGAAUGACCUAGUUGGCGCCAUCCGCGACCUGCAAGUCAAUUAUGCCAUCAUGGUACCGUCGCUCGCGCGUCGACUUCGCCGCGAGGAAGUGACCGGCCUGAAAACGCUCACCCUUGUGGGGGAAAGCAUGACUCAAGCUGAUGUGGAGUAUUGGGCUGGCUCAGUCCGCUUGGUCAACGGCUAUGGUCCCGCCGAAUGCUCCGUGGUAUCCGUCAUACAGUCCGGAAUGAGCGUAGACAGUAACCCACAUGACAUUGGAGUCGCGCAGGGCUGUGUCUGCUGGGUAGUCGACCCCGACAAUCAUGACCUGCUGCUUCCAAUGGGAGCUAUUGGAGAGCUACUUAUCGAAGGCCCGCUUGUGGGGCGCGGAUACCUCAAUAACCCCCGUAAGACGGCCGAAGCAUUCAUUACCCCUCCGAAGUGGCUCCAGCCCCUGCGUGCGUCUCAUUCAAGUAGGCUUUACAUGACUGGCGACCUCGUCCGGUUCAACGGGGACGGCUCCUUCCAGUACCUCGGUCGGAAGGACAAACAGGUCAAGAUACGAGGGCAGCGCAUCGAACUCGCCCACGUGGAAGCUCAGGUCCGCCAGUGCUUCGAGGGGGCGCUGGACGCAGUGGUUGAGCUUGCAGCCAUGGCGGGUAGUACCUCGAGGAGGGCUCAGCUGGUGGCUUUGGUUGUCAAUGCCCAGCGGCCAAAAGACAAAAAGGAGAGAGGAAACUGCCUUUUGCAGAAGCCGUCCGAUGACUUUUGCACCAGUGCAGCAGCCGCUACGAUUGCCCUCCGGCAGGCUCUUCCGUCCUCGAUGGUGCCAUCCAUCAUUUUGCCUCUUGUUGAGAUCCCGCGGACGGCAUCUGGGAAGGUCGACCGCAACUCCCUCCGAACGCGGCUGGAAGCUAUGUCACCUAAGGAGCUAGAGCAGUAUCGUCCGGCUGUUUCCUCCUCGUCAAAUCAGGAUGGCUUGGCUGGGCCCGAGAAAGUGCUGCUGCAGCUUUGUGCCGAGGUGCUUGGUCUGGGUCCGGGCAUGCUGGGCGUCAAUGAUAAUUUCUUCCAUAUCGGCGGAGACUCCAUUGACGCCAUGAAGUUGGCGGCGAUAAGUCGAGCUACCGGGUUUGUGGUAAGUGUCGCUGAUAUUUUCGCUCAUCCGGUACUUGCGGACCUUGCGAGCGUCGCGGUUUCAUUCUCAUCCGCAGAUGAGCAGCCUUAUCACCCAUUCUCUUUAGCAGGUAGGAUUCAGAACCCUAGAGAAUCUUUUAAAAAGCAUCAAAGGCGGUGCUCAAAUCUGUCACACGCGGUAUUGGUCGAUGUACUGCCUGUAACGCCGACUCAGCAGGUUUUCAUAGACCGAAAGACAUUCCAUUCUUACCACUUUGCCCUUAAAGGCCGUAUCAACGUUGAUCGACUGCGUCAAGCGUGUGACACCAUGAUGGCACGGUUCCCUUGUUCAGGGGGUCCUAGACAACGUCCGGGCCCCUUCCAUCACCGCUGGGCGGAGAUGGACCCGCUGGCCCAAUGUCGAUCGCAAUGGGAGGUCGAGAUGGCAAAGUUUGACAUCCGAGAUGGGCUUGCUGUGACUUGGACCUUGUUCUCAAGCUCGCCCGUCGACCAUGUCUUUGCCCUCCAGCUGUCCCAUGCCCAGUGGGAUGGGGUCUCAAUCCCAUAUCUCUUCCAGGACCUGGCCGCCGCCUAUAAUAAUAUGCCUUUGCCACCAACAUCCGACUUCACUCUGUAUCUUCACCGGUGCGCAACGCUAGACAGGACUGCUCCACAUCAGUUUUGGAGAGAAUAUCUUCGCGGCUCAUCUCUUGUCACCCCUUUCCCACUGGUACACACCCGCAGCACCGACCAACUCACCACGACGGUGAUGGCGGCCACCAGCAUCCAACUGCCCUCGCUUCCUGCCGGUUUUACCAUGGCCACCCUGAUCAAGGCCGCGGCUGCUUUCUAUCUUGCUCGCCUCCUGGUCCGGAUGGAUAUCGUAUUUGGACAAACAGUCAACGGGCGAAAUAUGACCCUCGAUAACGUGGACAUCAUUCUGGGACCUUGUUUAAACUUCAUUCCAAUACGAGUAACCCUGCGGCUGGCAUGGACAGUGAAGGACCUUCUUGCUCAUGUAUACCAACAACACACCCUGUCCCUUCCUUAUGAUUACAUACCACUCCCAGAGAUCGUUCAGGAAUGCACGGAGUGGCCAGCGGAGUCCGAACUAAGAUUCAUUGUCCAACAUCAGAACAUCCAACUUGAACAGAAGUUGCCGCUGGAAGGCAUCACGGACGUCAAGUACUCGCUCUUCGCGAACUUUGAUCCGUUGAAGGAGGUAUGGGUCUUCUCGGAACCCCAUUCAGAUCGACUGGAGAUCCAGGUCUGUUCCAACAGCAGCGUCUUGACACAGACACAAGCGCAGUUUCUGUCCGAGGAGAUAGCCAAGGUUGUGAUGGUGUUUUCUCGGACCCCUGAUAUGUUGCUUGAUCGUGUUCUGGAACACGUAUGUCCGCACAUGCUACUCCCAAAUUGA